CGUAUAUAAGACAUCUCUGCCGCAGUUUCUUUCUUUGGAAUAAUGUCGGCUGAAUAUGAUAAUAGAGACAAUGGCCCGGAGGGCAUGGAGCCAGAUGGGAUCAUUGAGAGCAACUGGAAUGAGAUCACUGACAGUUUUGAUGAGAUGGCCCUGCGCGAGGCUCUGCUAAGGGGAAUUUAUGCCUAUGGUUUUGAGAAGCCCUCUGCUAUCCAGCAGAGAGCCAUUAUGCCUUGUAUCAAGGGUUACGAUGUGAUCGCUCAGGCCCAGUCUGGCACUGGGAAGACUGCCACCUUUGCCAUUUCCAUCCUUCAGCAGAUUGAUGUGGAGCUGAAAGGCACCCAGGCUCUGGUCUUGGCUCCCACUAGGGAGCUGGCUCAGCAGAUCCAGAAGGUGGUGCUGGCCCUGGGUGACUACAUGGGAGCCAAUUGCUAUGCCUGUAUCGGAGGGACCAACAUUCGCAGUGAAGUCCAGAAGCUCCAGGCUGAAUCCCCUCACAUUGUGGUGGGAACCCCCGGCCGUGUCUUUGACAUGUUAAAUCGCAAGAACCUCUCUUCUAAGUUCAUCAAAAUGUUUGUGCUGGACGAGGCUGAUGAGAUGCUAAGUCGAGGGUUCAAGGACCAGAUUUAUGAGAUUUUCCAGAAACUGGCAAGCAGCACACAGGUUGUCCUCCUGUCGGCCACCAUGCCAGCUGACGUGUUGGAAGUCACGAAGAAGUUCAUGCGUGAACCGGUCAGAAUCCUGGUGAAGAAGGAGGAGCUGACCCUUGAGGGAAUCCGUCAGUUCUACAUCAACGUGGAGAAAGAGGAGUGGAAGCUGGACACGCUGUGUGACCUGUACGAAACCCUGACCAUCACACAAGCGGUCAUCUUCAUCAACACAAGGAGGAAAGUGGACUGGCUGACCGAGAAGAUGCACGCCAGAGACUUCACCGUGUCCGCUCUGCACGGUGACAUGGACCAGAAGGAGAGAGACUUGAUCAUGAGGGAGUUCCGCUCUGGCUCCAGCAGAGUCCUCAUCACCACUGACCUGUUGGCCAGAGGUAUUGAUGUCCAGCAGGUGUCUCUAGUCAUCAACUACGACCUGCCGACCAACAGGGAAAACUACAUCCACAGGAUUGGUCGGGGUGGUCGUUUCGGCAGAAAGGGAGUUGCCAUCAACAUGGUGACCGAGGACGACAAGCGCACCCUGAGGGACAUUGAGACAUUCUACAACACCACCGUGGAGGAGAUGCCCAUGAAUGUGGCUGAUCUUAUCUAGAAGACUCCACGUGCCCAUCGUCCACCCUCUCCCCACUUAUUUUAGCAGUCAAAACCUUGUUUUCUUACACGAUCUGAAUUCUAAGAACUUCCUUUUGCUAAAUUCCACCAUGACUUUACCCUCUACUUUCUAAGGGAAGGAAGAAUGUGGCCAUCGUUCCUCCCUUACCUUUUGAAAUAGUUUUUUGGCCGUUUUGGAAGGAUGGAAUUACUGACCUGCCUCAUCUGCUUGCCAUACUCGAUUCCCCAAAAUUGGCACCUAAAUUCUUCCUGCAGCUAAUCCAGCCUCUAAACUUUAAAGCAUUAAUUUUGACAUUCAUGUUUUUGCAAACAAAAGAACAUUCAUCAUCAAACAAGCGAGUUUGUAAAUGGGUCCCAAUUUGUGCAAAACAUUACCGCGUUUCCAAAAGCGCAUUAGAAACAAGACCCCAACAAAGUUAAUGUUAAGAAAUAUUCUAGUUCUGUCAGCAAAAGCUUAAACUACAUUAAUAACUUUGCUUAAUUGAUAAAGUGCACAACGUUAACCUGAAGAUCACCAACGCUAUUGUGAAAUGCGACAGUGAUUUGCACCGCAAAUAGACGAGUGGCUUAGACUGCAGUUCAGUUUGGACUCAAAAACUCACCAAUGCUCUAACUGAAAUGGGAAGCGCUGCAUUUGACCAGAUCAGUAUUUAAGCAACCUUCAGUGUACUGCAAACAGCCUUUUAACUCCCAUCCAUGAUCAUGUUAAGAGGUUUCUGGGGCUAGAGUACACAGGGCAUAUUCAAUAAAAAGACCUAUAUAGUAAAAUCCAUCAUGAA